AUGCCUUCCGAAGCAGGUCACAGAUUAUACGUCAAGGGACGUCACCUAAGCUACCAACGUAGCCGACACACCACCCACCCUAAGACGAGCUUGAUCAAGAUCGAGGGUGUCGAUGACACCGACGCCGCCAACUUCUACCUAGGAAAGAAGGUUGCGUAUGUCUACAAGGGCCAGAAGGAGAUCCGAGGAACCAAGAUCCGCGUGAUCUGGGGCAAGGUCACCCGACCUCACGGCAACUCCGGCGUCGUCCGAGCGAAGUUCGCCACUCCCCUCCCCUCCAAGUCUUUCGGUGCUUCAGUUCGUAUCAUGCUCUACCCUUCGUCGAUAUAA